GUUGAAUUAGCUGCUUUUGCGGGUUGGGAAGUGGCAAUAUUUUCUACAGCGUUUAAUUCGCAAAAUGGCGGAUGGCGGUGUGGAUAUAGAUUUAUACGCCGAUGAUAUUGAAUCCGAUUUCAAUAGACAGGACGAGUUUGGUGGAGAUAAUGUAGAUCUAUACGACGACGUUAUUGCUGCUCCGUCAGCGAAGCCAGAAGAAGGGGAUGGACCGCCGAACUCUGCACCUCAACAUCCACCUGAGGAGACAAACGGGAACGCUCCUUACCACAACAACGCACCAAGCCACGGGCAUCAUGGCCGCCGAUUCCAACUUUACGUCGGCAACCUAACUUGGUGGGCAACGGAUCAAGAUAUAGCUAACGCCAUAGCCGACGUUGGCGUGACAGAUUUUCAAGAUGUGAAAUUCUUCGAGAACAGAGCCAAUGGGCAGUCAAAGGGUUUCUGCGUUAUUUCUUUGGGCUCGGACCAGUCCAUCAGAAUGGUUAUGGACCGAUUGCCCAAGAAAGAGAUUCAUGGACAGCAUCCAAUUGUUACAAUGCCAACAAAACAGGCCCUUAAUCAAUUUGAGAGUCAAUCCAAGACUAGAUCAACACCGCCCGGUACUAAUACCGGAAUGAGAGGUCCGCCAGGUCACCCUGGGGGGCCACCUGGACCGCAUCCUGGAGAGUUCUUUGGCGGCGGACCCAAUGGUCCUGGGCCUAACGGGCCGCGCAUGAUGAUGCCAGGGCCCGGGCCCCACCACCAGAUGCGAGGCCCGCCACCGGGCCCGCACGGGCACGGACCCCCGCCGCACCACAUGCCGCAGCACCAGGGCCCUCCGCCGCACCAUAUGCCGCCGCAUCAAGGCCCCCCACCACACCAGGGACCGCCACAACAUAGGCCGCCCAUGCCUUACAAUGAUAUGCAGCGCCAAGGCGGCGGUCGCGGCGGCGAGUGGGGCGCGCGCGGGCCGCACAUGCCGCCCGCGCCGGCGCCGCAGUACGGCCCGCCGCAGCACCAGCUGCCGCACCAGAUGACGCCACCGCAUGCGCCCCCCGGCCAAGGAAUGCCGCCACCGCAUCACCAAUUGCCGCCUCACCAACAAGGCCCGCCUCGUGGGCCGGCACCAUUACCACAACAUCCUGGUGUAGGUGUGGGUGUAGGUGGUCCAGCGCCGCACGUGAACCCGGCGUUCUUCAACCAGCAGCCCCCGGUUCAAAGUGCGCCGCCGGUGCAACCGGGCCCCCAACCCGGACCGCCAGGUCCAGGUGCUCCUUAUGGACACCCAGCUCAUGCAGCCCCACCGCCGACACAAGGACCACCACCCGGUGCUAGGGCACCUUACGGCAGACCGCCACAGACAUACCCAGCGGGCGAGGCGCGGGCGGCGCACGCGGCGCCGCUGGGCCCGCACGCCGCGCACCCCGCGCACCCGGCGCACGCCGCGCACGCGCCGCACGCGCCGCACCCGGUCAUCAGCGAGGCGGAGUUCGAAGAGGUGAUGAGCCGCAACCGCACCGUCUCGUCCAGCGCCAUCGCGCGCGCUGUCAGCGACGCGGCCGCGGGCGAGUACGCCUCGGCGAUCGAGACGCUGGUCACCGCGAUAUCGCUCAUUAAGCAGAGCAAGGUGGCGCACGACGACCGCUGCAAGAUUCUCAUUUCUUCCCUCCAAGACACGCUGCACGGCGUCGAGACGAAGUCGUACGGCGGCGAGCGGCGGCGCUCCAGGUCGCGCGAGCGGGACGCGCGCCAGCACCACCGCGCGCCGCGCCGCCGCGAGCGCUCCGCCAGCCGCUACCGGGAGCGCUCGCGGGACCGGGACGAGCGGGACAGGUAUAGGGAACGGUCGAGGGAUCGUGACCGUGAGCGCGACCGUGACGCGUAUUACAGGGACUAUCGUGAACGUGAACGCGACAGGUCCAGAUCUAGGGACAGGGAGCGCGCUGACCAUUAUAACAGGGGACACAGCCGGGAAGAGAGACCGCGCAAAUCUCCAGUAGAGCCGGCAGCAGAAGCCGGCGCGGGCGACGCGAGCGCCAAGAGCAGGACGGCCGCGGCCCCGUACUACGACGAGCGGUACCGCGAGCGGCGCGACCGCGACCCGCCGCCCGCGGAUCGCGACCGUGACCGCGACCGUGACCACCGCCGCGACGCCAGGCACUAGCGGCCGGGCGGUAGUGGCGCAGUGGAAAGCGUGACCGUGACCACCGCCACGAUGCCAGACACUAGCGGCCGGGCGGUAGUAGCGUAGUGGGAACCGUAACCGUGACCACCGCCGCGACGUCAUGCACUAGCAACCGUACUGGGGACCGUGACUAGGAUAUAUUAUAAAGCUAUACAGUUAAUGCCGUUUCUAUAUUCAAUUUCUGUUUUAUGAAGAAACAUUAGUACCGAAUUUUUGUGCCGCGACCGUGACCUUAACCACGUUAUUUGUGGCGUAAUUUAACUGCUAUGGUGUGGGUUUUUUUAUGUGAGGACCGUGACUAGAUUAAAUUGACCGGAUUAGGAUAAGCAUUACUAGUUCUUUUGAUUGCAUUCUAUUUUCUGUUAAAUUUCACGUGUGAAGUGAAUAAAUUUCAUAGUCAUAUCUAAAAUAAUUUGAACAGAGUAUUUACAUUAUCAUUAUUAGUUUUAGAUUUUUCAACAUGUACAUUUAUAUCGCCAGAAAUAUGUUAAGUCUCCUAGUUAUUACUUUCAGAUAUAUCACCUGUGGCAAUUGAAAUGUUGGUCCUCAAUUGGUUGAUUGAAUACAGGAAAUAUAUGAUAUAUGUACAUUACUUUAAAAAUUAAAUCUAGCUAACUGACCUCUUUUAAGAGAACCUUGACGUCGAUCUGAUUUUCACUAUGAAAUGUAACUGGGAAAGUCAAUUACUUGAAAAUUUGUAAUAUAAGGCUAUCCCUUUCACUCAUUGAAACGUACGCUGUGAUAGAGGAUAAGGAGAAAUAUCACUCUGUCAUGAAUAUUGCAGUUUCUAUACAAAGUCAUACCUCAGGGACACGGCGGUUAGGUACAAAUCAGUGUUAAUAUUUAAAUUAAACCCGUUUGAUAAUAUUUACUACAACUAAUAAUAUUAUGUGACUGAUAGCGACAUAAGUCGUAAUUUGUGAGGUUAAACUUUUCGUUGGGGUAUUUAACCUUUAAUGUUCAUUGAACAUAUAUAAAAAUUUGUAUGAUUUCAAUUAUUAUUUCAAAUUUAGGCUUCCUUUAUAAUAUUUUAUGUCAUUCAGAUAAGUUUUACAAAACAAUAAUAGCCUCGUAACAAAUAGAUCAAACGAAAAGUUAGUUUAGUUAUUGCAGUUUUCUUUUGAGCCAAUAUAUACAAAAAAAAAAAAAAAAUUACAUGAGGUAUUGAAGAUAGGAAAUUAUUUUUGUUUGGAAACUACCAACAUUCCAACAUUUGUAGUGUAAUCAUAAAAAAUAAUGACUGUGACUAGAUAAAAAGCAAUGUAACCAAUUAUUAUAAUAUGGUGCAUAUAAACAGCUGUUUUUAUAACCAAAUAUUUAUAGUUAUUGGUUACGUCGCUUAUAAAAUUUUGUCUUAGCGUUAAUACAACCUUUGUAAUACGGACCGGACCUAUUUAUGAAAAUUCAUUGUAGUUAAGAAUAUUUUGUGAAACAUUACUCCUUGUAUUGUUUUGUUGAAUAAGUACUAACUUUGUGUAAGAUAGACUGUAAGGUAUGUAUGGAUUCGUUCUAUACUUGAAGUAUGUAAUUUGAGGAAUAAAUUUAUGAAAUUUU